AUGGGAAGAAGAGGCCUCAUAUAUCGAUACAAUAUACGCGCAGCCGUUGGAAUUCUUCAGCCAUAAAAUACAUUGUGCAAUGAGACACACAAUAUGCACCGAGGCGAAUAUCAUCCUUCUCCUCGCCAUCUAUCUCCAACGAAGGGCUCCUGCAGCCUCUCACAUCGCAAUGCCCACUUUCCGGUGCUCAAUUCCCAUGGCUCAUCACCCAACCUCUGAAACCCUCCUUUCGCAACCUCCCACCCCUCAAGCCCUCGUCCCCUUUCCCUGCUGCUGAUAAAUCCCACUCAAACCCCCACCAUGACUUUUGCUCGCCCGAACCGCGGGCGCUCUUCCCGCAAGCACAUGCCAAGGAUCCAGUCCCGGCGCUAAUCCGCCAUCGUCCGCAGCCGACAGUCCCCUUCUUCGUCCUUCCGUCUUCUUCACGCCCACUUCUACCGUUCGCAGUAUGCCACCGCCGUCCGGUUUGCCACCCUGCUCUCCCGGGCGUCGAGUCAGUCUCCGGCCGCGCGACUUUGACCGGCGAGGAUCGGUCGUGUCCGUCCAGUCGUUCGUGCCGUGGGAGCUAUACGCGG